AUGCAGCACCGCCAGUCGAUAUCGCAGAAAGUACCAACAGGCUCAGAGGCUGUUGCUGCACUGUCGGACCAAAUCGCAUGCAUGAAAGUCCAAACAGACGAGCCGGCAACUGCCUCUACAACAUCAGAUGAUGGUGUUCCAUCAAGUUCACCACCCUGUCCACGGGCGCGACGAAUCGGCUAUUCGAGGAUUUGGGUGCACCUAAAGGGGACUCCAGGCUAUUUUAUCUGCGAAUGUUGCUAUCGGGAAAAUAUUGCGACAUCAUCCCUCAAAGGCCACUUCGAAGUGCUCGAAAUGUCUGGCGACCCAGCCGUAUCCUGCACCUUCUGGAUACCUCGGAUAAAGAAUGUCCUCUGGCCAGAAGCAGUGCAGACCAACAGCGUAGAGAGCCUUUGCGUGUUCCUAAACAGUCUCAUCAAGCUGAAGCCCUGCAACCCAGGCGUUGAAGUUGGUUUCAGCUCUGCAACGGUAAUAUAUCGCAUGUCCAAUGAUAUCGAAGGUUUCAACGUCUGUGAAUCUUGCCAUGAGUUGUACGUGAUCGGUACAGCUUUCGAAGAUAGGUUCUGCCGGCAAGAGGACCCGAAAGGUGCCACCGCAAUAAUGUGCCAUAUGGGUUAUCUAUAUACGUCUCAGUCUGUGGCCAGAUUCGCCAAACGCGGCAACUGGAACGCAUUUGUGGAGGGAGCUUACGAGCGCCUUAUCCAGCCCGAGUGUCUAGGUACGGCGGUUCAAGCGGACGGUGGAGCGUGGCUUGAACUUUCUCAAGGUGUGGCCGAUCUUUUUGUAACUUGCAAGACCUGUUACAUGGACUACUUGGCCAACGGGGAUUUCGCCAACGAAUAUGCCGCCUCAUCACCACCUCCCGGCCCGAACCAUCAGUGGACAUGCACUCUUAGUCAAUUAUCCGUCAGAUGGGCUCUGGAAGCUGCAAACUCAAGGCAAUACCACGCCGUCUUUAUUGAAGCCGUCAGAGUCAUUAGUGGUCUCUCCCCUUGCACUCCGGCCGGAAUUACCGGUGGACGUUGGUUCUCACUGGUAAGAGAGUGUCCUGGUUUCUCCAUUUGCGAGGGUUGUCAUGCUGGCGCCAUCCAGAGCCGAGGACUAGGCUAUUUAUUUUUCGAGAUUCCCUUACCGCCCGAGGGACUCCAGACUGCGAUGCUGUGCAGCCUCUGCCCGUCGGCGCCGCGAUUCGAGCGACUACGUGAGAAGCUCUGCGAAGCCGUCGAUACAGGAAACUUUGACGUAUUUUCUGAUUUUGCCGUGAAGUUCGCUCGAGUUCCUGCUUAUCCACGCACCGGCGCUUGGCAAAACGUCAAGUGGUGGGGUUACCUGGGUUUACUCUUUUGCGAAGAAUGCUAUUACGAGUUCAUAGCUAAGACGAGACUGGGUCACUCCCUACCCAUAAAUGAAACCAUGUAUAAGGAGUACCAGAUGUGCCAGAUCUAG